AUGAAUCUGAAAUUGUUCCUCUUUUACUUCUUCGCGGGCCUGGCCCUCGCCUUCCCUUCAGACUACCUCAAGUUGGCUACUUGGGGACUUGAAGGGUAUGCGAAGGACAACCCCAUCGGUCCUACCACCGGUGGAAAAGGUGGAAAGACAGUGUUUGUGUCUACCGCCGAACAGCUUGUCGCUGCCGUUGCUGGCACCGAUCCCAAGAUCGUGAGGGUCAAGGGCAAGAUCACUCUGCCUGCGCGUCUCAAGGUCGGGUCCAACACGUCCCUUAUUGGCGUCGGCACAUCUGCCCAUAUCACAGGAAAGGGCGUCGACGUUUUUAACGGCGACAACGUCAUUCUUCAGAACCUCAAGAUCAGCCAUAUCCUCGACAAUGAUUGCAUCACCAUCCGGAACAGCACCCGCGUCUGGGUUGACCACAACGAGUUCUUCUCUGACAUCAGCUACGGACCUGACCACUAUGACGGACAAGUCGAUAUUAUUCGGGCCUCAGACUUUAUCACAGUGUCGUGGAACUACUUCCACGACCACUGGAAGUCUUCCCUCGUGGGCAACGACGCGACUUUCCGAGACCUCGACUUCGGCCACCUCCACGUCACAUACCACCACAACUAUUGGCGAAACAUGGGCACUAGGGGACCUGCCGGGCGCUUUGUCUACAACAACCUCUACGAAGACUUUCUGUAUCAGGCCAUCCACAGCCGAUCCGAUAAUCAGGUUCUCGUUGAGGGUAAUGUCUUCCGGGGUAACACAAGCGAAGCCCUGAGCACAUACGGACUUGUAAUUCCCAUGGAUUCCCCAAACACCUGCACUUGCGGUGACGAGGAGCUCGACGGAUAUGCCAACCUUGGAGCUAAAAACGACUGGGGCUCAGCUGGCGUCAAUAUUACCCAGAAGGGAACCUUUUACAAGGCUGAUUACAAGUAUAAGCUGACUCCUCUCAAGCUUGUCCCAACUGUGUGCAAGCUCGGUGCCGGUGUUGGCAGGAUCUUCAAGUGA